AUGACCAUCCGCGGCCGCGCGCGAUCGAUAUGCGUCCUUCUCGCCGCGCUCGCACUGACGACGAGCGCGUACGCCGCGCCGACCUCAGCGCCGCGCGCGCGCAGCCGCGCGACGCCCGCGCCCGCGACGUCUCGUCCCCGCGAUUCCCCGGACAUCGAAACAUCGAACAUCGACAUGAACGACGUCGAGGCGUUUCUCACGCAAGCGCGCGAUGAAUUCAUCGCGACCCGCGCGUCGCGCGGGUCUUCACACGGCCGCUCGACGACGACGUCUCCGGACGAAGCCGGUUUGGACUGGAUCGCGUCGUUCUUCUCGCCUCGGGAACGUCGCCGCGGCUCUGCGGGUCGCGCGGCGCGUAAUCGACGCGACUCGAACUUGCCUCCGGUUGAAGUGGAUCAGACCGGCGUUGACUUCUACCUCACCGCGCGCGCGUACGCGCAAGAACACGCGGUGAGCGAUCCUCGGGGCGGUCGGAUGCGCAUCGCUCGCGCAGAGGAACCGAAUCAGUUUCAGUGGUGGUACGAUUUCAUUUGGCAAACGCAACAACAAAUCAUCGCUUGCGAAGGACGAGAAUCGUGCGAAGGUCUUUGGCAUCAGUUCGGCGCGCAAGGCAGCAUUUGUUGUGACGCCGGUGCCGAAUUUUACGGUCACGCUCACUUUUCGUGCGUCGAAAGUGUCGAACAAUGCGAGGCGCUCACCACGUGCGCCUCGUCCGCCGAUUGCGGCGUGAAUCAAGUGUGUUGCGCGACGAAGCCGCAUUCUGACGAUUUGAUGUGCGUGACGAGCUUUCAAGACUGCGCGGCGUACUGUCACUCCGAUGCGCAGUGUAAAGCGGAGAAAGGCGAACAGUGUUGCUACGACGAAGUACUCGGAUACACGAUUUGUAUCCCGGAAGGGCUAUCGUGUCCACCGCCCCCGCCAGAGUGCCCGACCACGGGACAGCCGACGUGCCGCUCGGACUCCGAGCGCACGUGUUGCGGUGGCGUCUGUUGUCCGCCGGAUGAAAACGGUGUUGAAUGGUUGUGUUGCAGAAUCUGUGACGAAAAUGUUUGCUACCGAGCUACCCCCUCUCUGGGGGACGGAAGCUACGAGUGUCCGGACCCAUUUUGCCCGCGGCCUCCAGAGUGUUCGUCGCAAGCAGAGUUGAGUCAGUGCACGGAUCCGGUGAACCCGAUCGUCGCCGCGCAAUCUGCGCGCAAUGGCGAUCCUCCGACCGGUAGCAUUUGCUGCGGUGGUGUGUGCUGUGAGAUCGGGGACCCCGAUCUGGUGCCCAUCGGCACAUUCGGCCCGAACUUUUGCUGCUACGAUUUCCCGGACGGUCCUUCUGGUUGGAGUUGCCAACCAGGCAUCCCUGGUGACCCGCUUCCGACUCCCCCGCCCGGUUGCGCGCGACAACCUCCCAGCGCUCAGUGUCCGGCCGGUUCUGAGUAUUUGGAUACGUGCGUUGCUGACGAUCAGUCUAUUGGCGUGUGCUGUGGACCGGAAGUUGACGGCGGCGGGCUGACAUGCUGCCCUGAUGAAUCCGUGUGUUGCGCCAACGUCGUGGACGGAGCGACCGUCGGUUACGAAUGCAAAGCCCAGAAUGAGUGCCAAGAGGGUGAGUUAUGCAGGAUACUCGGUGACUGUCCGAACUCUCAGCAAUACUCGGUCUGUGGUUCGUGCGGACAGGGCAAUAAUGACUGCGCGCUGUCCUGCCAAGCGGGCGCAGGUGAGCCUCCGAACGACCCUUCGUGGAUUUGUUCCACCGUCGAUGGUUGCGACCCAGUCGCCGACUACAACAACGGCCCGAGCGAUGCCACGUGCGUGUGUAAUAACGGAGCGUGCGGCGGCGCGACUCAAUGUAAGACAGGAGGGAAUUGCUGCGCGUGCCAAGCUCGUGGCCCGCGCGGUGGCGUGCAAUGCGACAACCCACCAACCGUAUUGGUUUGA